CCCUUCGUGUGUGGUAUCGUUUGGUUGGCGACCCCUUCACGGCUCACAAAAAGUGUACGGAAAAGAAAGGGUUAAGGAUUUGAUAGGGUCCUGAUCGAUGACUUCUCUCCCACACGUCGCCAUGAACAAAUGAAUUCUCGGGGAAUUAAAUAUCAUUUUCACAAAGGAGAAAGAGUGUUGUGCUUUGAACCAGACCCAACCAAGGCUAAAGUGUUGUACGACGCUAAGGUCAUUGAUGUCUUGAUAGGUACAGAUGAACAUGGAAGAAGAAUCCCAAAGUACCUGAUUCACUUCAAUGGUUGGAACAGAAGCUGGGAUCGUUGGGCAAAGGAGGAUCAUGUCCUAAGAGACACCGAGGAAAACCGUACAUUGCAGCGUAAACUGGCUCGCAAAGCUCUCGAUCGCAUGAAGAGAAAAGGAUGGUCGAAGAGGCGUCGUCGUCAGUCCGGCACUAAAUCUUCUCUCAAGACUCUCCCCAAGGAGGAUGACAGUGAUGAUGCAUGUUUGAUUUCAUCUUCAGGGAGCAGUGACGGCGACGAUUCUGACCCUGACUCUUCAAAUAGUGGAGAAAGCACGUUCUCUGAGGAUAUCAACAAAAUGAGGGUUGAACCAGACAUGAACAUUAAAAGGGAGACUGAGGAGAAGAUUGUCCACAUCGACAUCAGCAUCCCUGAUAUUCUGAAGAAGAAACUUGAGGAUGACUGUUUUUACAUCAACAAGAGAAAGAAGCUGGUGAUGGUUCCCUGUCAGAUGAACGUUGUGCACAUCCUGGAGUCUUACGUCAAACACUUUGCCAUCAACAAAGCUUUCAUGGCCAAUGAACGGUACCGGCGGCAGCAGAACACCACACAGAGCAGCAGUCCACAGCCCAUCCCACCAGAGAAGAGCGAGGAGCUGUGUAAGGAAAUGGUUGACGGCUUGAGGAUCACAUUUGACUUCACCUUACCCAUGAUCCUCCUUUAUCCCUGUGAACAAGCCCAAUUUAAAAAGGUCAGCUCCACCAGGCUCUUCCUGGCAAUGAAUGAGGGCUCCCCCUGCUCAAGCAAUGCCCAGCGAGAGCGCAGCCCGAGCCCAUUGGGCCACAACCCUCCUACUCCUCAGUCCACAGACAGCCAGCCAGCGUUGAGUGACAACUCCGCCACCACCCCCACUGCCCCAGCCCCCACCCCAAAGCGCCGACGCCACCCUGACAUGGACUGCAUCUCGUACCAGUCCCAGUCACUCAGACGCUCCACCAGGAACACUUCUGGUGGUGACCGGCCAGCUGAAGGCAGCAGUGGAGGUGGGGGCAGUGCCACAGCGUCACCCCUGCUGAAACGGCGUGUGGUCGACGUCUCGUCCCAGCCCAAGUUCUUCCUCAACCUUGACAGAAAAACCCCAGUGCACAGUGGCUCAUCUUCCCCAUUGCCUUUGACACCAAGCAAAGAGCGAAGUGGUCCAUUCUAUGGCCUGGAGAGCCGCAGAAACAAUGAGCUCAAUGAGGUGCUGAGCUGGAAACUGACUCCUGAUAAUUACCCUAUGAAUGACCAGCCUCCUCCACCGUCUUACCUGUAUGGGUCACAGCACCUCCUGCGGCUAUUUGUGAAGCUUCCUGAGAUCCUGGGAAAGAUGCAGAUCCCUGAGAGGAAUCUCAGAGCCUUGGUCAAGCAUUUGGAACUUUUUCUCAGGUUUCUGGCAGAGUUCCAUGAGGACUUUUUUCCUGAGUCGGCAUAUGUGUCAGCAUCCGAGGCCCACUACAGCAUGAAACAGCCAAGGCCCGUUUUCUGAAUGAGACAUUGGCCAUUGUGUUUCCUUUACCUUCCAUUACAGAUAGUCGACACUGACCUGCAGAUGGAUAUGAGCAGCUUUCUCUGGAGUUGGGCUUUUUUGCUCUUGGAUCUCCCUUCCCUCUUCUCUGGCACUAACAUUAGCUUCUCCUCCUGUUGCCUUGCAGAAGAAUUUGCUCCUACUGUGCCACUAACUUGUCUACUUCAGGUACUUUCCUGUGCAUGUGAAGCUUCCCCUGCGAAUCAAAUGCACUGCUUCUUUAACUCUUAGCAGAUGGCUACAUCUGAGCCCUUUUCCAUCUCCUUGUCGCCUGCCUUUGUUACCUGGCCUGCAGCCUCAUUUUUGGUAGAGGUCCACACAGAUGUGGCACCAGAAACAGUCAGCGCAGCCUUCUCCUCUCUGCUGGGACUUUAAUGCUUUCUGAGGCUACAGUUUUGGGAAUAUUUUGGUUUUUUUCAUAGAUGCCAGAUGCUGGAGAAGACGGUUUGAAAAACCCUGUUGUUCUGGGUUCUCUCUUGGAGAUCAUAUUCUGCUAUGCUUCCAAUGCUUCUUCAGUAGAUGAUUCCUCUAAAGCCACAGUGGGAAUCUCUCUUCCUACCUUGGAGAUGCUUUGCUGCUUUGGAAGUGGGAUGUUUUCAGUUUUCCAUGAUGGACUGUCCUAUCUUUUUCUUCUCCUUUUUCCUCUCACUGUUGUUUCCUCUGACAGAAAGUUGAAAAACUAAAAUGACAAACUUGAGGUUGUUGGUAUUUGUAGUUUCAAGAAUACCAAACAAUCACAAAAGUGGUUAUUUUACUGUACAUGUUAACAGUUCUUGUGAACAGUUCUUGCUCUGGUAUGUCAUGUUGUGAAAAUGUAAAUACAAAGCAGCUGUUGUUGCGUGCACAUUAAUCUGGUUAUAACUUGACAAGGAUCAAAAUAGACCUCACAUCACACAGCAUAAUGUAACAUUUGUCGAUACAUUGUCAUGUAAAUAUUGAACCUUUAUGCACAUAGUUUGUCUGUGUUUCCCUUUGUUUGGUAAAACACUAUUUCCUUUUCCAUCUUCAUGGAGAUGAUAUCUAAAUAAAGAUUUUUUUUUCUUUCUAAAA